UACUGAGCGCCGGGCGCGUUCCGUUGGCGGCGGAUUCGAACGUUCGGACCGGGGUUUCUCUGCCUGAAGAAGCGUCAGAGGGACCAGAUUGUUUUCGCUGGCCCAGUGUCCCCGGAGCUUGUGUGCGAUAGAGAGAGCACCUCGGAAGCUGAGGCAGCUGGUACUUGACAGAGAGGAUGGCGCUGUCGACCAUAGUCUCCCAGAGGAAGCAGAUAAAGCGGAAGGCUCCCCGUGGCUUUCUAAAGCGAGUCUUCAAGCGAAAGAAGCCUCAACUUCGUCUGGAGAAAAGUGGUGACUUACUGCCAAUUUAUAGCUCUUUCAGGCCCAUGUUUAAGGCAGUUCCAACAAUGACAGGGAACGUAUGCUCCACCCUGGCUUGUCAGUUCAUAUUCCUGGCGCUCAGUUGUACCGGGCCGCGCCGAAAAAACCCAUGGACAGAGGGGCUGCAUAGUGCGGUGGGAUCCAGGUGGCAUGGGAAAGUGGGUGAGUUGAAAUUUCAAGCGAUUGAAUUGAUGGGGUAUAGAAUGUUCUUUCGGUCACUAGCUUUUCCCAGGUAGUAUGCUCGUCGUGUUUGGCUUUCAUUAAACAUUUCGCCUUCACUGUCUUGAAUAUGGCAUGGAUUACCCUGGUUUCUUUAUAGCUUUCUGCUCACCUUUGACACUUCGUAUCUUACCCAGUUCAAUGAGUUAGCAAAAAGUUCAAUGAAUUAGCAUUAAACUACACCUGAAAGUUAUUGCAAGAUAAAGUGAGAGGAACCUUAAAAUUAAAGGGAGCAGCAUUUGUAAAGAAAAGCUAGAAUCAUGAAAAGACCUAAGGUAAGAUCAAAUGAAAUUAUGUAGAAGUGUAAUUCACUUGCAUCCCACAUCAUCCACAAAGUUUUCUGUAGUUAAGGCAGUUUGUUUUGAUCUGUUCUUUUUUCUGAACUUGGACAGCAGUAAAAGUAUACAUCAUACAAUUGAGCUAUUGGGACUCUUAACACUGUUGUCUAGGAGUUUUCAUAUGCUGAUGUCUCCUAGUGUGGUAUGCAGCUUCUUGAGGAGAAUGAAUAGCUCCUUUUCUGUCUCCCAUUGUCUUUAACACAAAAUUAAUCUACUUUUAUGCUGCCUUUUGUACAUGGUAUUUCUUUUGCUUGAAGAUGUCUUCACUCUACUUGGCAACCUACAAUUUUUCCAAAAUCCAGUUCAAAUGUUACUUUAGUGACACUUUCCUUAAUGUCCUUAGAAAGGAAAAAUCUUAUCUUCUCCAUCAUCUAUUGUCACACAUUUGCCUUUUUAUUUAUGGGUUUGAUUCUCCCACUACUCUGGGAACUUGAAUUUGGAAAUUUUUGUAUUCCUGGUGUUUUGCAUAAUAGCUUUAACAUUCUGAGUCUACAAUUAAUUUUGGAAAUGCAUGACAACUAUGUGGAUUGAUGUCAUUUCUAGCAUUGUAUUUAUAAUUUCCUUGUGUUAUUUUAUCAUUCUUCACUGGCUUUUUGUUAUUUUGUUUUUUUUAUGCCUUAUUUGAUUGUUUGGCCCCAGGGAUGGUACUAGGGAGAGAGUUAACAUCUGUUAAAUGUAAAGGAAUGCUGUGCAAAUAUCUGAGUACUUAUAGUUCAUGUAAAAUUCAAAAGUGCUAUGACAAAGGGAGGAGGAAUUCAGACUGGCCCAGUCUUUCUGUCAACUGAGACUGUCAAGAAGUAUUUCUUUAUAAAUUUUCUUUUGAUUUAUUUUUCAAGCAAGCAGAUUUUUAAAAGUAACUUAUUGAUGGAAUAGCUUACCUUUUUCAAGUUAGAAUGCCUAGCUAAAUACCCUAAAACUAACUUUUGUUCUGACCAUUUUAAUAUAAGCCUUAGUGCAUUGGAGUAGUACCACUCAAUUAACUGUUUUAUGACAUAGAUAUAGGUUGCUUGAAAAAAUUUUUGUGAGAUUUGAAAAAGUAAUACUAAUUUGUCUCAGUAUCUGUAUGAGGGUUCGCUAGAGGGACAGAACUAAUAGGAUAGAUGUAUAUAUGAAGUGGAGUUUAUUAAGGAGUAUUGACUCACACAGUCGCAAGGUGAAGUUCCACAAUAGGCCAUCUGCAAGCUGAGGAGCAAGGAAGCCAGUCCCAGUCCCAGUCCCAAAACCUCAAAAGUAGGGAAGCCGACAAUGCAGCCUUCAGUCUGUGGCCAAAGGCCCUAGGGCCACUGGCAAAUUAGUGGUAUAAGUCCAAGAGUCCAAAAGCUGAAGAACUUGGAGUCUGAUGUUCAAAGGCAGGAAGCAUCCAGCACGGGAGAAAGAUGAAGGCUGGAAGAUUCAGCAAGUCAAGUACUUUCACAUUCUUCUGCCUGCUUUAUUCCAGCCAUGCUGGCAGCUGAUUAGAUGGUGCCCACCCAGAUUGAGGGUGGGUCUGCCCAGUCCACUGACUCCAAUAUUAUUUUCCUUUGGCAGCACCGCCUACACACACACCCAGGAACAAUACUUUUCAUCCUUCAGUCAAGUUGACACUCAGUACUAACCAUCACAGUAUCCAUGGCUCAUGACCACGAAGAGGAAAGGGUAUUCCAUCUAGGUUAAUGAAUUAAGUCUUAAGACAGUGUGGUUUAAUUGGGUCUGAUUUAAAAAAAAUUUUUUUUUUGCCUUAUCUGGGGAGGUGUAGUGGGGUCUUCAUGCAAUAAUAAUUAUUAGCUGCCUACUCUUUAUUAAGCAAUGUGUUAAGGGACACUGGGGAUACAGUGUUGAAAAGACCAGGCAUAAUUCAUGUCCUUAGAGUACAUUGCGGAAGACAGCUAAGUGAGAAAUUACAUCAUGAUGUGGUCUAUGCAGUGAUAGAAAGUUCAGAGUGCUAUGGAUCAAUAUAACCUUACAUAUUGGGGGAAGCUGGGCUUUUCAGAGAAGUCUAUAAACAAGUAGGAUGCCUAGAGGCAAGGCUGCAUUUGAAUUCUCAAAGAAAUUCAAAAGGCUUAGUGUAGAACUGGAAGCUUAGAACAGUGAGAGGUGAAACUAGAAUCCCAGUCAAGUGGGAUUUAGUGUUAAGGAAUUUGGAAUUUAUCCUGAGGGUAUUUGGAAGCUAUUUACCUUUAGAAGUAGAAAGAAUAGAUUAACAAAUGAAAUUGUGCCAUAUUAUGGGGUGUUUUUGCUACCAAAAUAAAUGGGCUAUCAUUGAAAGUUUAAAAAAUAAUUGGCACAGUAUAAUGUAAAUAAUUGGAAUUGGGAUGCUUCUCAGAGUUUUUGUGAGAAUCAAUGAAGAUAGUGCAUCAAAAAUGUACCAAAAGAAUAUCCACCUUUCAUAGAUAGUUAAUCUUGUUUAAAUUCCCAAACCUCUGUUUUCUCCACAUAUCACUAGAACAUUAUUAAACACCUAUAUAACAAUCUAUUAAAGAUCUCUGCAUUAUAUAAAGCAUUAAAACAUCACAUUACUAGUUAUUUAACAUUUAGUGAACUGUGGGAGAGUGUGCAGUACACAAGAUGGUGAAUGUUAAGUAUUGUGUAUAAAUUGUUCUUCUAACUGCAAAGAUCACUUGCCACCAUGUAAAUAACAGAAUAAAUCAUGUUAAAGACACUAUCUAAUUGGAUCUAAGUUGGUAGUGCCCUCAGGUACCUGGCAGAAGCAAAGGAUGGGGAAGAUAUGUGCAAUAAUAUAAAUAAGAGCACUACAUAUGAUUCUAGAGUGGAGAUUGAGAUACGACUUUAGCUCACUUCACAUUUUCUUCUGCUUGGAUUACAUGUACUUUAACUUUUUUCCAAGGAAUGUUCUUGUAGAUUAGGACUUUUGUUGGUUUGGAUGGUGAUUUUGAGUAAAAUACUUAACAAAAUGUUAUUUUAUAUGACAUAUCAGAGCUUGUUUAUACAUAUAUGUAAUCAGAUAAUGUUGAUAUAUAUAUUAGCUGAAGAUGAGUACAUAUGUUUUGCUUAUAUGUAGAGCUUGUUUCUGUAAAAAUGUACAAGAAGGUGUCAGCUAUGGUUGACUGGAGGAUGAGAUGGGGAAUAUACUUAUUUUUGAUAGUUUACUACCCUUUUGUAAACUUUGUUGUUUUAUAUUCUUAUUGUAAAAUAAUUAUAGACUCAAAAGAA